AUGUCACACCCGCGACAGUCAGAUGUAGCGGCUGCGGGGAGUGGCGCUGCUUCGGCCCAAGAGGCCGAGAAACGCGCGAGCUCCCCUGUAAGCAAGGACCAGAAUAAAGCUGCGCCCGCACGCGCGCCGAACCCACGUAGCUGCGUGAUUUGCCGAAGUCGGAAGGUCCGGUGCGAUAAAUUGUCACCUUGUUCGAAUUGUCGUCGCGGGAAUAUCGCCUGCAUCUAUCCGUCUGGAGAUCGCCCGCCGAGAUGGGCCCGGCGUCUUGAGCGCCCAGUUACUGGGGAAGUCAUGGAAAGACUUCACCAUCUCGAAGGUCUUGUUAAAGAGCUGACUGGUCAGUUGGAACAGGCUCAUGCAGCCGCUAAGUCUUCGGCAGCGUCGUCCAACUCCCCUGGUAGUUCCACACACGACAAUGAAGUUGGUUUGCAGGGGAGUACAUCUUUCGCAGGACAGAGUAGCGUAUCAAAUAAGUUUGGCAGGUUGGCUCUUAAUGACGCCAACCGAAGUCGCUAUGUCGGCAGUGGUUUUUGGUCAUGGGUUAAUGAUGAGAUUGGUGAAUUAAAGACGGAGACUGGCAAUCUCGCCAUGGAAGGAUGCGAGUCCUCAGAUGACGAGAUGUCUUCAAAGACUCCGUCUACCCAGGAGCUUGGACGAACACCAUCUGACCGCCAUGCAUUCAUAUUUCGACACAAUUUGAAUCCUUCCACUCCCGACAUUAGAGAAUUCCACCCACUGCCUUCGCAAAUACCAUUUUUGCUCAACGUCUUCUCAGAAAACGUGAAUAGUAUUGCUCAGAUCGUCCAUAUGCCCAGUACCAGCAAGAUGAUUAGUGGGCUACGAGGCGACAUGUCGAAACUCACGCCGUCUAAUGAAGCUUUGAUGUUCUCAAUAUACUAUAGCGCCGUGACAUCCAUGGAAGAGGAAGACAUCAUGAUAAAUUUUGGUGUUUCAAAACAACACUUGAACCUCAAAUAUCGUCUCGGCCUGGAACACGCCUUAGCUAAGGCCGACUUUCUCAACGCACCAGACCUAAUUCUGGUGCAAUCCCUCGCUAACUUCCUUCUUCUGGCUCGACGACACGAUAGCCCUAGAUAUGUAUGGAUGAUGACAGGCAUUGUGAUACGCAUGGCACUUGCUCUUGGCUUGCAGCGUGAUGGCUCCAAUUUUGGAUAUCUUACCCCAUUUGAAAUCGAAAUGCGUCGAAGAGUCUGGUGGGGUCUCUGCAUGAUCGACGUGAGAGCAUCGGAAGAUCAAGGAACAGAUUACACCAUCGCUCUGGGCAGCUUCGAUACAAAAAUGCCUCUCAAUAUUAACAGCGCUGACAUCAGCCCCGAAUCCAAAGAUAUGCCACCUGAGCACGAAGGUUUGACCGAAAUGUCUUUGACACGAGUCAACUUUGGAAUUGUCGAUGUCUCAAAACAAAUGGUAACUCAAAUCUCGAAGUCAACCAGCCUGGAGGAACAAAGCCGUUUCCUGGAUGAAAUAUAUCAACGUCUUCAAGUUGGUUUCCUCCAAUAUCACGCAGAUUCGGAGUCGAACAUCAUGUACUGGGCUUCUGUCGCUAUCACCCGUCUUGUAAUCGGGAAAAUGACAUUACUGGUCUUUGUACCUGUGCUCUUCGGUUCCCCAAACGAAAAAGAUCUCCCUGAGGAGAUCAGGAACAAGCUUCUAGUUGCGGCGAUUGAAGUUGCCGAGUAUAAUCACGCAUUGAAUGCUGAGCCGGCUUGUCGACAAUGGCGGUGGGUCUUUCAAACAUACACGCACUGGUACGCUAUAGUAUACAUCCUGCUUGAGAUUUCGCGACGUGAAUGGUCGCCUAUCGUUGAGAGAGCUUGGGUAGCCCUUCACAGUAUCUGGCUGAUUCCGACUCAAUCGCACAUGGGCAAAAAUCUUCGCAUCUGGGUUCCCUUACGAAGAUUAAGAAUCAAAGCCCAGCAACAUCGAGAGUCUGAAUUAAAUCGACUGAGAAAUGAUCCUGCUGCUGUGGAGAAGCUUGAGAGGCAGGAUAAGGAGAUCCAACAGCCUUCGAGCCCUGGCUCUUUCCCCGAAAAGUACGAUGCGACAGAUGUCUUCGUGAAGAAAUGGCGACAGCUGCUAGCCAAUCUAGACUUGGCUAGCUAUAAUACCGGUGAAGCUGUACAUCCGUUAUCAUCUUCUGAUCACUUGCAAAAUAUGGUUCACCGCAGCCCAGAACCCACUUUGGACCCGGCUUACCGUGAGAUGCAAGGCUGUCAGGCAGAUGGAAAUGCGUCUUUGUUGAGGUCAACCUCCUCAAAUCACGAUGAUGGAUCUGCGUACAAAUUCCGCCCAAUACAGGACAUCACCCACGAUAUUCGCGAGCAACAAUCCGGCCAGGAACUCAAUCCAAGUAUCAUUCCUUGGCUGUGGGCGGAUGGUGAUUUUUCAAACCUGGCCAUGGAUUCAAAUGAUAUAAACAUGGACCUUGAUGGAAGCGACGUGGACUGGUAUAAUUGGGUUGAAAGCGCUCAAGGAUUGGAAUUUAACUUUGGUCCCAAUGAAGCUGGGACAUCUGGACAGUCACUAUAA